AUGGCGCAAAUUCUUCCCAUACGCUUUCAGGAGCAUCUGCAGCUUCAAAAUGUUGGAAUCAAUGCAGCAACGAUUGGGUUCAGUACCCUCACAAUGGAAUCUGAUAAAUUUAUCUGUGUACGAGAGAAAGUGGGUGAAACGGCACAAGUUGUUAUUAUUGAUAUGAACGAUACAGCUAAUCCUAUCAGACGACCAAUUUCGGCAGAUUCUGCUAUUAUGAACCCAACUAGUAAAGUCAUUGCACUUAAAGCUGGUAAAACACUACAGAUAUUUAAUAUUGAAAUGAAGAGUAAAAUGAAGGCUCAUUCUCUGACUGAUGAUGUCAUUUUCUGGAAGUGGAUUUCAGUCAACACGAUUGGUCUCGUUACAGAAACAUCUGUAUUUCAUUGGACCAUGGAAGGUGAUUCCCAGCCUCAGAAGAUUUUUGAUCGUCAUACCAACCUAGCAGGAUGUCAGAUUAUUAAUUAUAGAACAGACGCCAAACAACAAUGGCUACUUUUGGUCGGAAUUUCUGCUCAGCAAAAUCGAGUUGUAGGAGCUAUGCAGUUAUAUUCUGUUGAAAGGAAAGUAAGUCAACCUAUAGAAGGCCAUGCUGCAGCUUUCUCUCAGUUUAAACUGGAGGGUAAUCCCCACCCCUCAACAUUAUUUAUUUUCGCUGUACGUGGACCACAAGGAGGAAAGUUACAUGUAAUAGAAGUGGGUCAACCACCAGAAGGAAAUACAGCCUUUACCAAGAAAGCUGUGGAUGUAUAUUUUCCAGCUGAGGCUCAAAAUGAUUUCCCAGUAGCUAUGCAGGUUUCACCCAAACAUGGAGUUGUAUUUUUAGUCACUAAAUUUGGUUAUAUUCAUCUUCAUGAUAUAGAAACAGCUACAUCUAUUUAUAUGAAUCGUAUCAGUGGUGAAACUAUAUUCGUCACAGCACCUCAUGAAGCUACAUCUGGUAUCAUUGGAGUCAACAGAAAGGGACAGGUAUUAUCAGUAAGUGUAGAAGAAGAUACUAUCGUACAAUAUGUAGCUAACAAUAUCAACAAUCCAGAUCUAGCGUUACGUAUUGCAUCACGUUGUAACCUCCCAGGAGCAGAAGAUUUAUUCGUUAGAAAGUUUAACAAUUUAUUUCAAGCUGGGUCCUAUGCUGAAGCUGCUAAAGUGGCUGCCAGUGCACCUAAGGGUAUUUUAAGAACUCCUCAGACUAUUCAAAGAUUUCAACAGAUCCCAGCCCAGCCUGGACAAACUUCACCAUUGUUCCAAUUUUUCGGUAUUUUAUUAGACAAGGGUCAGCUAAAUAAAUACGAAUCUAUCGAAUUAUGUCGACCAAUUUUACAACAGGGACGACCUCAAUUAUUAGAAAAAUGGCUGAAAGAGGAAAAGCUUGAAUGUUGUGAAGAACUUGGAGAUUUAAUCAAACCAGCUGAUUCUACACUGGCUCUAUCUAUUUAUCUUAGAGCUAACGUACCAAACAAGGUUAUUCAAUGUUUUGCUGAAACAGGACAGUUCCAAAAGAUUAUCUUAUACUCUAAAAAAGUUGGUUUUACACCAGACUAUAUCUUUCUCUUACGUAAUAUUAUGAGGAUGAAUCCAGAACAAGGUUUACAAUUCGCUCAGAUGUUAGUAGCAGACGACGAACCAUUGGCUGAUUUAAACCAGAUCGUCGACGUCUUCAUGGAAUUCAACUUGAUUCAACAAUGUACAUCAUUCUUGUUAGACGCUUUGAAAAACAACCGACCAGCUGAAGGCCCACUACAAACCAGACUGUUUGAGAUGAAUUUAAUGUCAGCACCACAAGUAGCAGACGCCAUUCUGGGAAACCAAAUGUUUACUCAUUACGAUCGAGCUCAUAUCGCUCAACUUUGUGAGAAAGCUGGUCUUUUACAGAGAGCUUUAGAACAUUAUACAGAUUUAUAUGAUAUCAAACGAGCCGUAGUUCAUACACACCUUCUCAACCCUGAGUGGUUGGUAACAUAUUUUGGAUCGAUUUCUAUCGAUGACUCUGUAGAGUGUUUACGUGCCAUGUUACAAGCCAACAUUAGACAAAAUCUACAAGUUUGUGUGCAGAUAGCCUCGAAAUAUCAUGAACAACUCGGCACCCAGAAUUUAAUAGAAUUGUUCGAAUCUUUUAAGAGUUAUGAAGGUUUAUUCUAUUUCCUUGGAUCAAUCGUAAACUUCAGUCAAGAUGCUGACGUACAUCUAAAAUAUAUCCAGGCUGCCUGUAAAACUGGACAGAUUAAAGAAGUAGAGAGAAUUUGUAGAGAAAGUAAUUGUUAUGACCCAGAACGAGUCAAAAAUUUCCUCAAGGAAGCUAAAUUAACAGAUCAGUUACCAUUGAUUAUUGUGUGUGAUCGUUUUGAUUUCGUUCAUGAUUUAGUUCUCUACCUCUAUAGAAACAGUCUACAAAAAUAUAUAGAAAUUUACGUACAGAAGGUAAAUCCAGCUCGUUUACCUGUCGUAGUAGGAGGAUUAUUAGAUGUUGAUUGUUCUGAAGAUGUAAUUAAACAAUUAAUCAUGGUCGUUAAGGGUCAAUUCUCAACAGACGAACUCGUUGCAGAAGUAGAAAAAAGAAAUAGAUUGAAAUUAUUGUUACCAUGGUUAGAAAAUAGAAUAAUAGAAGGUGUCACGGAACCUGCUACCCAUAAUGCACUAGGUAAAAUAUAUAUCGAUAGUAACAACAAUCCAGAAAGAUUCUUGAGAGAGAAUCAGUAUUAUGACAGUAAAGUUGUGGGUAAAUAUUGUGAGAAACGUGACCCCCAUCUAGCUUGUGUCGCUUAUGAACGAGGAUUGUGUGAUGAGGAGCUGAUCAAGGUAUGUAAUGAGAACUCAUUGUUUAAAUCAGAAGCUAGAUAUUUGGUACGAAGAAAGGAUACAGAUUUAUGGGUGGAAGUUCUCAAUGAAAAUAAUGAAUACAGACGUCAACUUAUUGAUCAGGUGUGUACCACAGCUCUAUCAGAAACCCAAGAUCCAGAAGAAAUAUCUGUCGCUGUUAAGGCCUUUAUGACAGCUGAUUUACCAAAUGAAUUGAUAGAAUUGUUAGAAAAGGUUGUUUUAGAAAGUUCUGUAUUUAGUGAUCAUAGAAAUUUACAGAAUCUGUUGAUUUUGACUGCUAUUAAAGCUGAUCGUACGAGAGUUAUGGAAUAUAUUAAUAGAUUAGAUAAUUAUGACGCCCCAGAUAUCGCUAAUAUUGCUAUAACUAAUGAACUAUAUGAAGAAGCCUUCGCUAUUUAUAAGAAAUUUGAAGUCAACACUUCAGCUAUUCAGGUUUUGAUUGAUAAUGUAGAUAACUUAGAUCGUGCUUAUGAGUUUGCUGAACGAUGUAAUGAUCCUGCAGUAUGGUCACAACUUGGUCGUGCUCAGUUGAAGAAAGGCAUGAUGAAAGAGGCUGUAGACUCGUUUAUCAAGGCUGAUGAUCCAUCAGAAUAUAUGGAAGUCGUGUCUGUUGCUAGUAAGAGUGAUAAAUGGGAAGAUUUAGUGAAAUUUUUACAAAUGGCGAGAAAGAAGGCAAGAGAAACCUAUAUAGAAACAGAAUUAAUUUAUGCGUACGCUAAAACUAACAGAUUGGCUGAUUUGGAAGAAUUUAUCUCGGGACCUAACCAUGCUAAUAUUACACAGGUAGCUGAUCGAUGUUUUGAUGACAAGAUGUAUGAUGCGUGUAAACUAUUAUAUAAUAACGUAUCAAACUAUGCUCGUCUAGCCAUCACCCUGGUACAUCUCGGAGAAUACCAAGGAGCUGUGGACGGCGCUAGGAAAGCCAACAGUACCAGAACAUGGAAGGAGGUAUGUUUUGCGUGUGUGGAUAAUGAAGAAUUCCGACUAGCUCAGACUUGUGGGUUACAUAUUGUGGUCCAUGCUGACGAACUUGAAGAAUUGAUCAACUAUUAUCAAGAUAGAGGGUAUUUUGAGGAGCUGAUUUCCUUAUUAGAAGCAGCUUUAGGUUUGGAGAGAGCCCAUAUGGGUAUGUUCACAGAAUUAGCUAUCUUAUACUCGAAAUAUAAACCAGAAAAAAUGCGAGAACAUUUGGAGCUGUUCUGGUCCAGAGUAAACAUUCCAAAGGUCUUACGAGCAGCUGACCAAGCUCAUCUCUGGUCAGAGUUAGUGUUCCUGUAUGAUAAAUAUGAAGAAUACGACAACGCCAUCUUGACGAUGAUGAAUCACCCGACCGAGGCAUGGAAAGAAAGCCAAUUUAAAGAUAUCGUCACGAAAGUUGCCAACAUUGAGUUAUAUUACAAAGCUAUUCAGUUCUAUUUGGACUUCAAACCAUUAUUAUUAAACGACCUCCUUUUGGUUCUGACGCCACGAUUAGAUCAUACACGCUCUGUAACUUUCUUUACGAAAGCCAAUCAAAUACCAUUGGUCAAACCCUACCUUCGCUCCGUGCAGAAGAACAACAACAAGGCCAUCAAUGAAGCUCUGAAUAAUCUAUUCAUUGAAGAAGAAGACUACAAUGGAUUGAGAGCCUCAAUCGAUGCUUACGAGAACUUUGACAACAUCUCGCUAGCUCAACGUCUAGAGAAACAUGAUUUGAUUGAGUUCCGACGUAUCGCUGCCUAUUUAUACAAGGGUAAUAACAGAUGGAAACAGAGUGUUGAUUUAUGUAAGAAAGAUAGAUUAUUUAAGGAUGCUAUGAUGUAUGCUGGAGAAUCAAGACAAGUUGAAAUCGCAGAAGAAUUAAUAGCCUGGUUCCUGGAAAAUAAAAAUAACGAAUGUUUCGCUGCCUGUCUGUUUCAAUGUUACGAUUUAUUACGACCUGAUGUUAUACUCGAGUUGGCAUGGCGACACAAUAUCAUGGAUUUCGCUAUGCCGUAUAUGAUUCAAGUCAUGAGAGAAUACACUGCUAAAGUAGAUAAACUAGAACAAUCAGAUGCUGUAAGAAGUGAAGAGGAACAAAGGGCUGAAGAUAGACCUAUUGUUUUAGGUGAACCUCAAUUAAUGUUGACAGCUGGUCCAGGCAUGAUGCCCCCACCCCAACCAGGUUACCCUGGGGGUUACGGACCUCAACCUGGUAUGCCUCAAGCUGGCAUGCCCCAACAACCUGGGAUGGCUAUGCCGGGUUCCUAUGGUUACAACAUGUAGAGUGUUAGAGAUUAACGUGAAUUGUAUAUUAAUUAUGUAAAUUAUAUGCGAAAGAGAAAAUAUAUUAUCCAAUCAAAUUAUGAUGCUGUUAAUAGCGGCUUAUUUGUUAAAAAUCGGGGGAAGUCACAGAAUUCGUAUAACUGUAUUUAUGAGGCAUGUAUUUGUAUGUCUCGGAAUUCGUUCAUUUUUAAAAACAAUUUUUCUUCAAAUUAUGUCUCUGAAAAACUUAACCAUUGUUCAAUUUAUUCAAAAACUAAAUGGAUUGAGUUGUGAAGUUUGGGAAUUUAAUAACUAGAAUGCGAGUUCUAAGAGCUUAGCAAUGUCACAACUGCACUAAGCUAAAUUAAGAAUUAAUUUGGCAAAUUUUUUUGAUUUAGUUUUGCUCGAACAAAAACACAUUGAUACAAUUUGAAGUGAAAGGUUUUUAAAAAUAACGUAAAAUUGAAUUAAAAUCAUUGAAAUUUUCACAUUCCUGAUGUAUGUUUUAAACGUAGAGUUGCUAAUUAUUGGAGAGUGCUAGUAGUCUUUAUCAUACCAGCCAUUUUAUAGUAGUCACUGUUAUACCAGACGCUCGUCUGUCUAGAGUAUUUAUUAUAAUCAUACUUGGAAGAAAUGCGUAGUCGUUGUUGUCAUUUAUAGGGAUACGACUUAAAUUUGAAUAUUAUGGUUAUCCUUGUAUUUCAAAUUUGAAGUUGUGACUCUGUAAAUGUAACACUAAGUAGAAAAAGGUAUACUGAUCGUAAUAAAUGUUUCACUGUGAACUUAGCUAGAUUUACAGAGGAUUUUAGAAAGUGUACGACAGGGCAUUUUGUAAAUUAUAUCAAACCAAGGGGACAUAACUAGAACAUAUUUGAUAGUAAUUGUAAAUACUGAAAACCCUUGAGCUCUAAUUUAAAAUUUAACGGGGUCUAAGUUUCUAUUGUUCUGUCUUUAGUUGGUGCAUGACAAUUAUAUGCAUUUGUGUGUAUUUCUGAGUCAUUUUAAACAGUCUUGUAAGCUAACUGUUUUAUAUUACAACAUGCAUGUUCACGCAUGUACAUGCGUAUGAAAGAUCCUUGUGCUACUAUAAACCAAUCAAACAACAUUGUACAAUCUUCAUGAACGAGUUUGUCUGAGCCGUUAUCCUGCUUUCUAAAAUUGCUAAAAAAAAUUUGCACCCAGUUUUGACAAUUUGCACCUGAGCUGAUAAUAUUUAUGCAAAAAUGAUUUUUUGAAAUCACGUCCAUUUACGAUUAUGUUGAAAAAAUUUCUUGAUUUAUUUGUGAUUGGCAUUUAUUGAUUUCUAUUAAUUUGCUCUUAAUUGGCCAAAGGAUCAAGUUAUUUGAAUCCCAAAUUAUAAACUUCAUGAAUAUUAAUUUAUGCAAAUGAGCAAAUUUGCGUUAAAUGUUCAAGUAAUUAACAUAUUCUGAAUUAUAUCCAUAAUAGUGUGUAUGCGUUCACUUCAUAUUAUAGUUUUAGCUUUUCAAAUCAUAUAUAACCAUAGCAACAAUUUAAAACUAAUAAAAACAUUGAAAAAAACGGAAAUGUAUAAAAAUAUCGGAAAAAUUUAUGAUUUUAGACAAUUUUUUUUUCUUUUGUUAUUGUUUAAUGUAUUCAUUUAUUAAAUAUUAUUAUUAUUAUUAUAUUUCAUGAUUCCAUGUAGCCUUGUUUAUCAAGUUCUUUAUGUUACUGUUAUUCUAGAACGCUAAAGACUUGAUGUUCAAAUCUUGAAAUCAUUUUUGUGAAUUGCUACUGAGUAUUUUCAGUAGCUGAUAAACUAAUUGGACUGGCACGUAAAGUAUAUCAACAAUAUCGUCACAGUAUAGUAUGUUACUCCUCCCCCUGCCCUAAGGACAUUAAGAUAAGACUAGUAUAUGUUUGUGAAUUAUGAUACAGAAAUAACUGUCGUGACGUCAUGUCACAGUCGUGAUGUGUCACCGAUGUGAUGGCUGUCAUAUUGGUGAUGUCUCUUGUGUUGCAUUGCUAAUGUGUCACAUUUGUGACUCCUGUUGCAUUCGAAGUGUGAUGCGUGUGACAUCUGUGAUGCGUGCGACCGUGAUGUAAUGUACACAGUAUAUAUCUAUAUUAUUAUGUUAUAUUAGUUGUAUUUAAAUACAUGUCAUCAAUAAAUAUACCGUACUAAAAACUUUUACUGUCACCCCCACCCCCCUUUUUACAUGUAUUACUUGGAUCGUGAAGACCUCCUUAAAGCGGUUAUCUUGACUGUAUUGAAAGCAUGGCAUCGUCUGAUUUGAAUCAAACUAUCAUGAACAAACGUC